AUGUCUUUGAUUGGCAAUAUAAUAAACGGAGUGUUAGGGAUUGUGGGUGCCUUGACACAGCAACAGACCAAUGGCGUAUCAAGAUGGGGAACACUUGAGGCCCCAACAUUUCCACUCUUCCUCACAAACAACCCUCUCCCUGCCGGUUUUCCUUGGGGCUUCCUCACUGCUGCUGGCAGUGAUCCAUAUACCCAAGCACCAAAUACCGGUGUCAUCCGAAGUUAUGAUUUUACUGUCACGCGGGCACAAAUCGCCCCAGACGGAUAUCAACAGGAUGUCAUACUGGUCAACGGCCAGUUCCCUGGCCCUCAGAUUGAGGCGAAUUGGGGGGAUGUGAUUCAAGUGACAAUUCACAACAAAAUAACUGGUCCGGAAGAGGGAACUGCUUUCCACUGGCAUGGAAUGCUGCAAAAGGAAACGCCUUGGUAUGAUGGUGUUCCUGGCGUGCAGCAAUGUCCAAUUGCACCUGGAGAUAGCUUCACGUAUCAAUUCAGAGCUAGUUUGUAUGGAACCAGCUGGUAUCAUUCACAUUACUCUGCGCAGUACUCUGGUGGGCUUUUGGGCCCCAUGAUCAUUUACGGUCCCUCAAAUGGCCCAAAGUACGAUAUUGACUUGGGCCCAGUUUUCAUCACCGACUGGUUCCAUUCUGAUUACGACGAGAUCGUAGCUGACACCCUGCGACCUGGUGGAAAUCCCAGGCCUGCUGCGGAUAACAAUUUGAUCAACGGCAAGAUGAAUUUCGACUGUUCGACCAAAGCACCUGGUGACAACACGCCAUGUAUCAAUAAUGCAGGACUGUCGAGAUUCAAGUUCACGACUGGCAAGACUCACAGACUUCGGUUGAUUAAUGCUGGAGCAGAUGCUUUGCAGAGAUUCAGUAUUGAUGGACAUAACAUGACAGUGAUUGAGAAUGAUUAUGUUGCAAUUAAACCAUACACCACCAAAGUCGUGACUCUCGGCGUCGGCCAGCGAACAGACGUUCUGGUCACCGCGAACGCCGGUUCCUCCAAUUCAGCCUACUGGAUGCGCUCAAACAUCUCCACCCUCUGUUCCGCAGCAAACCAGCCCAAUGCUCUCGCAGCAAUCUACUACGACCGCGCAGACACCACCAAACCACCCACGAGCACAGCAUGGAACGUUCCCGACCCCGGAACUUGCGCCAACGACGACCUCUCCAUGACCGUUCCAACCUAUCCCAUCCCCGUCACAACACCCACCACAACCCAAACCUACGAUAUCAAUUUCUUCGUGAACAAAACAGGCAGUUUCCUAUGGACAUUGGACAAUGUCUCCUACCGUGCGAACUACAACCAACCCGUGCUACUCCAAGCCGACAAGAAAAACUACACGUUCCCAGCCGAAUGGAACGUCAAGAAUUUCGGCAGUAACAGCACCAUCCGCAUCAUCAUCAACAACCACUCUCCCGCCUCGCACCCCAUGCAUCUCCACGGCCACAAUAUGCAGAUCCUUUCCGAAGGACCCGGCGACUACGACGGCACAUCGAUCAUCAACCCGUCGAACCCGCAGCGACGAGAUGUACAAAUGGUGCGCGCGAAUGGCCAUUUUGUGUUUCAGUAUGAUGCGGAUAAUCCUGGGGUGUGGCCUUUCCAUUGCCAUAUUGCGUGGCAUGUUAGUGGUGGGUUGUACGCGAAUUUUAUGGAGAGGCCGGAUGAUAUCUCGCAGAAGAGUCAGAUUCCUUAUGUGAUGCAGCAGACGUGUGUGGAUUGGCAGGCGUAUACUAGUAGGGAUGUUGUUGAUCAGGUGGAUAGUGGGGUGUGA